GUAAUAUAAAUAUAUACGUUAAAGGAAUGAAAGACAAUCAGUCAUUUGUUGCGGCGCUAAGUAUCUUUCUCAAUUUUGAAGGUUUUAAUCCAAAACCCUUAUGCUUGCAAGAUCUCUUGCAAAAAUAUGAGUGACGCUGUUGUUAGUUUUGCGUUGGAGAGCCUAAGAGAUUUGCUCAUCCAUGAGGUAAAUUUGCUUCCUAGAGUGAAAGAGCAAGUCGAUUUGCUCAAAGAUGAUCUUGGCUUUAUGAAUUCCUUUCUCAAAGAUUCUGAAGGGAAACAGAACGAGCAUUACAUGGUGAAGGAGCUGAUCAGCCAAAUCAGAGAUGCCGCUUUUCAGGCUGAGGAUGUCAUAAGCAUAUACAUGGCUCACGUCAUAAAGCAAAGAAGGAGGAACCUGCUGCGGAAAUUACUCCACUCAUUUGGUCAUGCAGCCGUGCUUCAUGACGUUGCAAGCGAGACGACGAGAAUCAAGAACAAGAUCGAUAACAUUUAUGCUAAUAAAUCAAGAUUUGGCAUAGAAGCUGGAUCUCAUUCUCAUUUGGAUGAGGAGGCAGAACGAUUGCUUGAGCAACGACGGAGAGACGUCGAGGAAGUCGAUGUGGUGGGCCUCGCCAAUGACACAACAACAAUGGUGGAUCAACUUACUGAUGGAAGGAGCUUAGGGCUUGAGGUAACUUCGAUCAUUGGCAUGGGUGGUCUGGGAAAGACCACGCUUGCAAGAAAAAUUUAUAAAAAUUCUCGUAUCAAGAAUCACUUCGAUUGUUGUGCAUGGGUUAAUGUAUCUCAAGAAUACAAAACCCGUAGAUUGCUUCUUGAUAUGAUGAAGUGUUUUAUGUCAUUAUCAGAUGAAAUAUUCAAAAAAUCUGAUGAAGAACUUAAACACACAUUACAUGACAACUUGAAAGGAAAAAAGUAUUUUGUUGUCAUGGAUGAUGUGUGGAAACCUGAAGUUUGGGAUCAGAUGAAAGCAGCUUUUCCUGAUGAGUCAAAUGGAAGUAGACUAUUAAUCACUAGUCGGGAAAAAGAUGUUGCUACUCAUUCUAGCUCAACUCCUCCUUAUUCCUUGCCCUUUCUUGACGACGAUGCAAGUUGGGAACUCUUUUGUAAAAAAGUUUUCCGAGGAGAAAAAUGUCCCUCUUAUCUAAAAAGUCUUGGGCGACAACUUGCAAAAAGUUGUAAAGGGUUACCACUUUCUAUAGUGGUAUUAGGAGGUAUUCUAGCAAACAAAGACAAAACACACCAAAUGUGGUCCAGUUUUGUGGGCAAUGUCAGUCGCUUUCUCUUUGAGGAUCGAAACACUUGCUUUGAUAUCCUUGCUCUAAGCUACAACCAGUUGCCACGUAGAUUGAAAUUAUGUUUUCUAUAUGUUGGUGUCUUCCCCGAAGAUGUUGAAAUCUCAGUAAGGCAUUUAACUCAGUUGUGGGUUGCCGAGGGAUUUAUACCAGUUCAAAAGGGCAUCAACAGAAAGCCGGAGGAAGAUAUUGGUAUUGCAGAGUUGUACUUGGCGGAGCUGAUCGAUCGAAGUCUGAUCCAAGUAGCAAGUAGAAGAAGCGAUGGAGGAGUGAAGACGUGUCGUAUCCAUGACCUGCUAAGAGACUUUUGUAUAAACGUGAGCAUGGAGGAGAAACUUUUUGAGGUUCAUGCGGAUGCUGAUCUUCUUUCAUCAUCAUCCAAUAAUACCACCAUCAAGGCUCGAAGACUUUCCUUUCAAGGCUUUUGUACCUGGAAACAAUCCACAUAAGAGGUAUUGUUGAGAAGCCUUUGCCAAAAAGUAUAUGGAUGAUGAAGCAAUUAAGACAUUUGAUUGUAACUCUACAAAUGGAAUUGUCGAAUCCUUGGUCUCUGACAACA